AUGUACGACACAUCCCGAUCACGGGUGGAGGUUGGUCAAAUGUACGACACAUCCCGAUCACGGGUGGAGGUUGGUCAAAUGUACAACACACCCCGAUCACGGGUGGAGGUUGGUCAAAUGUACGACACAUCCCGAUCACGGGUGGAGGUUGGUCAAAUGUACGACACAUCCCGAUCACGGGUGGAGGUUGGUCAAAUGUACAACACACCCCGAUCACGGGUGGAGGUUGGUCAAAUGUACGACACAUCCCGAUCAGGGGUGGAGGUUGGUCAAAUGUACGACACAUCCCGAUCACGGGUGGAGGUUGGUCAAAUGUACGACACAUCCCGAUCACGGGUGGAGGUUGGUCAAAUGUACGACACAUCCCGAUCAGGGGUGGAGGUUGGUCAAAUGUACAACACACCCCGAUCACGGGUGGAGGUUGGUCAAAUGUACGACACAUCCCGAUCACGGGUGGAGGUUGGUCAAAUGUACGACACAUCCCGAUCACGGGUGGAGGUUGGUCAAAUGUACGACACAUCCCGAUCACGGGUGGAGGUUGGUCAAAUGUACGACACACCCCGAUCAGGGGUGGAGGUUGGUCAAAUGUACGACACACCCCGAUCACGGGUGGAGGUUGAGCACGCAUGCUUCUCCUUUUCGUGA